AUGGACAAUGUUGUCAAAAAUAUACAGCCAGAGAAAAAGAAAAAGCGAGAACAGUGUAAGAAAAAUGAAAUAGAGCAAGAUGUUCUAUUGAAAAAGGCAGCUACUUUAAUGACUAAACCUACAGAUGAGUUCCAAAUUUUUGGAGAUCUUGUUGCAAGUGAAAGUAGAAAUUUAAAAUCACCCGAAUACCAACGUCAACUAAAAUUAACCAUUCAGCGUGCUAUAGUUCAAUUUUCCGAACUCGAUGUUUCUUCUCCGUCAACAAGUGGUAACUCUUCAUGCUUAUCAUCUAGACCCCAAUCGGCUGCAUCGUAUUAUAUGUCAUUUGUAGCAAACACACAAGAAGAUAAUGUGAGAGAACAUCGAACAAUGCACUACAACACUCAGGAACAAUCGCCGCAAUCGUUCAUACAGGGAUUCGGAAUAAGUACAUUAACGAAUGAUAUGAAUCACCUGCAACAAUUACCCUGAAUGAGACUACAUGUAAAAAUAUAUUUUAUAUAAUAUACUGAAC